AUGAAAUUUUCCCACUCUUUGCAGUUCAAUGCGGUGCCCGAAUGGUCCUCUAGGUAUUUGGCGUAUUCACAGCUAAAAAGACUGAUUUACACUUUACAGAAGGACAAGCUUUACCAGAGCAGCUUCACGGACCCGGAACAGAUCCCACUGCGGGACUCUUACUCCGAAAAGUUCCUAAAAGCACUCGACAAGGAAGUUCAAAAAAUCGACAAGUUUUACCAGCAACAGCAGUCGCGAAUUUUUGGCUCGUAUCAAGAAGUGAAAGACGAUCUCACCGAAUUUCAGCUACAACUGGCCUUGCAAGACUCUCACAGCAGGAGAAGCAGCAUUUCCAACGUUUCUGAAGUCUCAGGUGGCUCAGGACCCUACAUCCGGCCAACAGCGUCGUAUUCGGAUGACGAGGACAAUCUCAAUGGCAAUAUCAAUAGAAGCGGUCUUACGGGUAGUGAUAUGGGGCCUAUGGUUUCCCGUAGCGCCCACUAUAUCGCAAGACUUGAUCCUGUGAUGGAAGACAAAAUCAACUUGAAAAAACGUCUUGUCGUGGCAUUCACCCAACUAUCGGAACUUAAGAGUUUCAUCGAGCUCAAUCAAACCGGGUUUUCCAAAAUCUGCAAAAAAUUCGAUAAGAGCUUGGAAACUAGCAUUAAGGCGGAUUUUAUGGCCGCUUUGCCCGUGAGGACUCAUAUUUUCAGUCCGGAAACCACAUCCACUGUUGAGGGCAGAAUCAAUGACACCAUAGGCAUGUACGCGAGCUUGAUGGGAACCGCGGCAAAUGGCGAUGAAGUGCUGACAUUUCAAGAAGCAGAACGUGAGCUUUCCGUGCACUUGAGAGAACAUGUCGUAUGGGAAAGAAAUACUGUAUGGAAAGAUAUGAUGAACUUAGAACGCCAGGCUCAAAAUGUCAAGACAAGCAAAGCACGAAACCGUCAGGCUCAUAACGCGAAGCUGAUGGGUGACGAAAUUCGGAACUCUCCUUCGCCCGAAGAGCUUCCCAACGCCACGUUAAAGGAUGCUUUGCAUAUGACGCCCGCUCACUACCUCAGAAUAAUCCUGAAGUCGAGUCGUCUCAUACAUUUUUCUGCUAUCACAGCGGUCUUUCUAUUACUACUCAAAAUAUCCCCUUUUCAAGACGUGCUGCAGAAAAAUUGUCUAGCCAUCCUGGUGUACGCGUCGCUUCUGUGGGCCACUGAGACUUUACCACUAUUUGUCACUUCAUUACUCGUUCCACUUUUAAUUGUGAUCCUACCGGUACUUAAGAAUACUGAGGGCAAUAUCAUGGCGCCUCAGGAAGCGUCACAGUACAUUCUAUCGACAAUGUGGUCCAGUGUCAUUAUGCUUCUACUUGGAGGAUUCACUUUAGCAGCCGCUUUAUCAAAAUAUAACGUUGCCAAAGUGGUCUCAACUCACGUAUUGGCAUCUGCCGGAACUAACCCCAAGGUAAUUCUUUUGACCAACAUGUGCGUUGCGCUGUUCGCGUCAAUGUGGGUCUCGAAUGUCGCCGCUCCGGUACUGUGCUAUUCCAUUAUCCAGCCCUUGCUUCGCACUUUGCCUAAAAACAGCUCUUUCGCAAAAUCCCUGAUUUUGGGUAUCGCACUCGCCUCUAACAUCGGAGGCAUGGCAUCUCCUAUUGCCUCCCCACAAAAUAUAAUUUCCAUUGGGAUGAUGGACCCACAGCCCACAUGGUCGCAAUGGUUCGUCGUAUCGCUACCUGUGUGUUGCAUCUGUAUAUUGGGAAUAUGGGCCAUGCUCGUCAUGACCUUUCCAGUUGAAAAGGAUUUGAAACUGCUCCAGCUGCACCCCAUAAGAGAUCCUUUCACAAUUCAGCAAUGGUUCGUUACACUGUGUACCAUUGGAACCAUCAUUCUCUGGUGUAUGGCCAAACAAUUGACAGGCGUGUUUGGAGAAAUGGGCAUCAUAUCCAUCAUCCCUAUCUUGCUUCUUUUUGGCACUGGGAUGUUAAGCUCGAGUGACUUUAACAGCUUCAUGUGGACCAUUGUGGUUCUAGCAAUGGGUGGUACCACUUUAGGCAAAGCCGUGACCUCUUCUGGCCUCCUGGCCUCUAUAGCUUCCACAAUCAAGGAGUAUGUGGAGGAUAAACCUAUUUUUGCAAUCGUCCUGAUUUUCGGAAUAGUGAUCUUAGUGAUGGCAACGUUUGUAUCUCACACGGUAGCAGCAAUGAUCAUCGUUCCUCUGAUGGGCGAAAUCGGCAAAAAUUUGCCAUCUGGCGAUCAUUCCCGUCUUUUAGUCAUGGUGGCUGCUUUACUUUGUUCUGGAGCCAUGGGAUUACCUACCUCGGGGUUCCCGAAUGUUACUGCGAUCUCUAUGAUAGACGAGCUAGGAGACAGAUAUCUAACUGUUGGAAAUUUCGUAACCAGAGGUGUUCCAGCAAGUAUAUGGUCAUAUUUGAUCAUCACCACUGUAGGCUAUGGGCUAAUGAAACUAAUGGGCUAUUGA